GCCAUGGGAGCUGUGACUGAAGAUGAAGUCAUACGGAAGCGUCUCCUGAUUGAUGGAGAUGGUGCUGGAGAUGACCGGAGAAUUAAUCUGCUAGUAAAGAGUUUCAUUAAAUGGUGUAACUCUGGAUCCCAGGAAGAGGGAUACAGCCACUAUCAACGAAUGCUGAGCACACUGUCACAAUGUGAAUUUUCAAUGGGCAAAACCUUGUUGGUAUAUGAUAUGAAUCUCAGAGAUAUGGAAAAUUAUGAAAAAAUUUACAAAGAAAUAGAAUGUAGCCUCACUGGAGCACAUGAAAAAAUUGCAGAGUGCAAAAAGCAAAUUCUUCAAGCAAAAAGAAUACGAAAAAAUCGCCAAGAAUAUGAUGCUUUGGCAAAAGUGAUCCAGCAUCAUCCAGACAGGCAUGAGACAUUAAAGGAACUAGAGGCUCUGGGAAAAGAAUUGGAGCAUCUUUCACAUAUUAAAGAAAGCGUGGAAGAUAAACUGGAAUUGAGACGGAAACAGUUUCACGUUCUUCUUAGCACUGUCCAUGAACUUCAGCAAACACUGGAAAAUGAUGAAAAACUCUCAGAGGUGGAGGAAGCUCAAGAGACAAGCAUGGAAACAAAUCCUAAGCCAUAGAUCAGGCUGAAUGCUCACCAUUUACAAGAACAUUGAAAUAGCUACAUGGUCCUAGAGUGUUUAGAAUUUAUCAUGC